CCAGGUGGGCGCGUGCCAUUCAGACUGAGUGUGAGGAGAGAAGUUUGCUUGUAUACUGUGUGGUGAAGAGUGGUCAGUCCCCAUCCUGUGCUCUGCUCUGUUCUGCUCUGCUCUGCUUCUGCUUCUGCUCAGAGCGUCGCGUUGCCUUGGCCUUCAUCCUGGCAGCCGCAGCCCCUCAGUUGGCGGCCGAGUGUCAAGCAGCAGCAGCAUCCCGCUCAGUGUUCAGCGAUGUUGGCUUUUGCUCAGCAAUCGCUGCUGAUAGCAGCCUCAGCUUUCCUCGUCCUUCCGCCAGUCUUCGCCUACCAAGAUGCCAUUGUCAUUGACGCGGCGAGCAACGCGAGCGCACGUGAUAAGCGACAGGGUGGCGGCUUCUGGAGCAACGGCCUGGUGCCGAUUGGACCCUGCUUCAACAGCAAGGGUGACUUUGGUCAGUGCACGAGCUUCCGCCAGUGCUAUCCCUACUUCAAGCUGCCAGACCUUACCACCUGGGAGACCUGGGUGCUCGGCCUCUAUGACACCUGCACCUACUUCAGUCCCACCGGCAAACAGAUGUUUGGUGUGUGCUGCACGUCAAUGAGACCAGUGGCUCCCAGUCCACCGGAGGCGGGAAUGCCGCCAACAAUGCCCGAGGUGGAGGAGGCCGAAAUGGGUGGGGGGGCACCCAAGCCAGGGCCCACGGUACCCAACUGGCCGCCCCCUCUACCCACGCACCCACCCGACCACACCAUUCCCCCCCUGCCGACGCACCCCCCGUCACCGGGCUGGCCCGACGCCACCUCACCUACUCAACCUACCCUCAAACCGACUAAGCCCACCAAACCACCAACCUUCAAGCCCAAACCUCCCCAAACUAUCAAACCUCCGCAGACCGUAAAACCACCUCAGACCGUGAAACCCCCCAACUGGCCUCCAGCUCUCCCACCCCACCCCACUCACCCUCCAGUCCCUACUCACAAACCUCCACCCACAGUGCAGCCCAUCACUGACGCCCCACCACCCGCGGUCAUAUCUGACGCAUCAUGCGGCGCCAAAAAUGGUUACCAGGAUCAGGAGAGAAUUGUCGGCGGACAGAAUGCUGAUCCCGAUGAGUGGCCGUGGAUGGCAGCUCUGUUCAAUGGAAAUAGGCAAUUCUGUGGCGGAUCUCUGAUCGACAACACCCACAUUCUCACAGCUGCACAUUGCGUCGCUCACAUGACAUCGUGGGACGUUGCUCGAGUCACUGUUCGGCUGGCUGAUUACAACAUAAAAACCUCAACAGAAACUAAACACAUCGAGAAAAAAGUUAAAAGGGUCGUCAGACAUAAGGGCUUCGAUUCAAGAACUUUGUACAAUGAUAUUGCCAUUCUCACCUUGGACUCACCAGUUUCAUUCAGUAGAACAGUGAGAGCGAUUUGCCUUCCGUCGGGUGCAGCGCGGUAUGACGGCAAAGAUGCCACUGUCAUUGGAUGGGGAAGUUUGAGAGAAGGUGGAUCACAACCAAGUGUUCUACAGGAAGUGAACAUUCCGAUCUGGAGGAAUGAGGAGUGCAAAGCGAAAUACGGCGCCGCAGCACCGGGAGGCAUCAUCGACUCCUUCCUUUGUGCCGGCAGAGCUGCCAAGGAUUCAUGCAGUGGGGACAGCGGUGGGCCUCUGAUGGUUAAUUCUGGCAAAUGGAUGCAGGUUGGUAUUGUGAGCUGGGGAAUAGGAUGCGGAAAAGGCCAAUAUCCAGGAGUCUACACCAGAGUAACGUCCUUCAAGAGCUGGAUAAAUAAGAAUCUCAAGUAAUGGAUUAAUGAACCAAACAUCCAGGUUUCAAAUACAGUGGAAUUGAAAUGGGACGGGUGUUUCAAGAGCAUCAAAGGAAAAAAUUGAGGAAAGCGUUAUAUUACUUAAAUUACUCAAGUACUUAAUCAAACUCUUAUCAAGCAAUAUACAAAUAGGAGUUUGAUAAACUAAAUGGCAUGUCCGGAAAUGAUAAAUGAGAACAAUGAAAGUAUGAAAUUAAAAACUUCCUCCAAUAUAAGAAGUAUCACUUUGCGAUACUAUCAAUGAUAUAGAUCAAGUUAUAUUCGAUAUAGAUCGAUUCCUUGUCAAGUGUCAUUUCGGAAAUAUUCUUGCAAAAACAUUGAAUUGUUGAUUUAUGAAUAACUUUUCCCCAAAAAUAUGAAAGCUAGUUAGAUAUAUGGAAAAAACAACAAUUCAAGCCACAAACCAAUAAUGAAAACAUUAUUUGCGGUUAAAAUUGAAUCGCACGAUAAUAUUUUCAAAUAGAAGUUUCAAAAACAUAUCUUAGCAUAUUUGAAAUAUAGCAUAAUAUGUUUACUAACAUUUUAUGUUAUAAUAAAAUUGCUUGGAUUGAUUAAACUCGAAUCACUAAGAAUCAGAUAGAACUGAAACGUACUGAUAUAUCGGAGUAGUUAAUUCUCGUUGGUACAACAGUGAAUAGAGAAGGCUUCAAUUUUUACAGACAUAAUUAAUUUUAUUGUAGUAACUUAUUACCUCAUUGAAUUUAUUUGAGCCAUAUAAUUUAUAUUUAUUAAAGAUUUCAAGUAAGAGCAGUAGGCUAAGUUUGCCAGACAGUGCAGCCUGAGUAACAACACAUUGAACUACUAUGGUAUACUAAAUGUUACGAUAGAUACCCUAUGAUUCAUACUAUUUCAAUUGAAGCAAACAAUCAAGUACUGUAAAUUUAAUGUAGAAAAGGAAUUGAAGCAGAACAAUCUUAGAGUUCAAUUCAAUGUGAUAAAUGUUUGUAAAUUUAAGGAAUGAUAGUGGAAUAGAAUGUUUGUAUUGAUAAUAAAUGUAUUAACUUAUU